GUCGUAAAUGCUUUUUCCCGGAGACCCUGAAGGCAGCAUGCGAACAUUCUCCAACCUCUGAUUGGUCCGUUAGCCGCUGUUUUGACCACGUGACACCGAAGAUGGCCGCCUGCAACGGGAGCGAAGAUGGUCAGGACAGCAUACUGGAGCCGCUGUGUUUUCCAGAGGAGCCAGCUGAUGGCACCAGUGCUCCCAGUCUGCAGUGUCCCAGCGCAGAGCUGCUGGUGUGUCUCUUCUGCCCUGAGUCCGUCCCUCUGCAGCAGAAAGACGUCCUCCUCAAACACCUGCUGCUGGAGCACAAGCUGGUCGUCGCCGACGUCAAACUCAUCGCGGACCUCCCAAAGUACAUGUUGUACUGGAAGGGCAGAUUCCUGGAGCAACCGGUCACAGAUUUCUGCAGCGUGAUCAAGACAAACUCCACCGGCCCAGUAGAGAAGCAGGAGGACUACUUCCUGCUGUGUGACGUCCUUCCAGAAGACCGAAUCCUCCGCGAGAGGCUUCAGCAGAAACGACUGGAGGAGGUGCUGGAGCAGCAGCAGCAGGAGAGAGACGACAGCAGCUUCCGUCGUCUGUGCAUGUUCUGCAGUGAAGAAUUCGCUGGAAACAGGUCGUCGCUGCUGAACCACAUGGCCAGAGAACAUUCCUUCAGCAUCGGACUGCCGGACAACAUCGUCUACUGCAACCAGUUUCUGGACACUCUGCAGAGCAAACUGGACAAUCUGCAGUGUUUGUACUGUGAGAAAACCUUCCGAGAUAAAACCACGCUGAAGGAUCACAUGAGGAAGAAAGCUCACCGCCGCAUCAACGCCACCAACUGCGAAUACGACCGCUUCUACGUCAUCAACUACCUGGAGCUGGGGAAAACCUGGGAGGAAGUGCAGAGUGAGGAUGACCGUGAGCUGGUAGACGAUGAGGAUGAUGAUUGGUCGGACUGGCGGGCUCAUCCAGUCUCUGCUGUGUGUCUGUUCUGUGAUCAUCAGUCAGAGACGAUGGACCAGAUCUACACACACAUGAAGGAAGCUCAUGGCUUUGAUCUCCACAAACUGAGGACAGAACUCAAUCUCAGGUUCUACCAGCAGGUGAAACUGGUGAACUUCAUCCGGCGGCAGAUCCACCAGAGCCGCUGCUACGGCUGCCAGGAGAGGUUCGCCUCCAGAGACGACGUCCUCCGUCACAUCGUGGCUGAAGGUCAUGCGAUGAAGCUGCCCGACCCGUCGACCUGGAACCAACCACAGUAUUACUUCCCCACAUAUGAGAACGACGCUCUCCUGUGUACACUGUCUGACAGCGAUGACGAUGAAAGUGACGAGACAAAUCACGGUGACGACGUCCCGGUUAUCGCAGAGGACGUGUCCAACCUCAGAGCGCUAAAGCAGACAAGUGUCCUCAACCAGCUGCUGAAGAACAGAGGCUCCUGCAGCUAGGACGAUGGACAGUUUUGGGUAAUGGGAUGGGUUGGACUUUGUUUUUUUUGGACAAUUCUUCUUCUCACCAGACUUGUUGUCCUCGGCGCACCAUGGCCGUGCGAAACUGACCCUGCUGAGAUGUUGUUGCUGCAUCUGUCUGUUGGAACACACAUGGACAGAACAGUAUUUUUCUCUACACUUUAAAGCACUUAAGCCAUGCUCUGCGAACCAAUUAUGCACCCUGAGCACUUUAAAAGCCAUCAGAAGCCUUCUCAGAAGUGCAGACUCAGCUGCAGCUCACAUGUUGGUGAGCACUUCAAACUUUACUUGCUACGAAUUUCCAUUCAAGCAAUAAAGAUAAAUUCAGACGUGUUUUUCUUGAAUAUUAAGUAGAAUAGCUUUCUACUGUAAAUUCAGAAACUAUAACCAGUAAGUAACAAAACCCAGAGCUGUGACACUUCACAGCGAAGACACAGAGGAUUCGAGAACAAAAAGCAUCUUCCAACUGUUUUUGUUAAAUAAAUGUUGUGGCUGACGCCUGGUCCAGCCUCAGUGCA